CCUGCCUGCCUAGGUGGACUAUGUCCGACGCCAACCCCCCGGGGUUGUCCUUGCAUCCUGUCACUUUCCAUCUUAUAUCUACCUAGGAACGGAAUCUUCGUUUAUAGCGCACUGUUCAUCAUUUCUCGCUUGUUUCUACCCUGAGGUCCCGAGUGCGCGGCAACACAUCAGAUAUAGAGUGUUUCAAGGAGCCUGGUUGUCAACCAAGUGUGACGAAUCCCGUACCAUCACGCAUCCUCAGUAUCUGUCUGGUCCUGCUUUUGUUGCAAAACACCUGAACGAUGCGCUCCGACAAAGACCGCCUGUAUGUUGUUCUCUAUGCACGAGGGGGGGCGCCUACCAUGCCAGGACUGGAGGAUACAUACCACUGGGCGCACAUGGUUGGGCCCAAGAUUGAAGGAGGAGAGAAAACCACGGGCGUUCUAUACCAUGCAAGGGAGAAGCCGAAGGCUGGGGGGGCGCCCGGAUUUGAAUGGUCGUUCGAGAACCGCUCCUGUAGUCUUGCCCCUACCAACAUGUUGCUUGUCCGUGUCAUGAUUGGAAAGGUGACGGAUAGCAGCCGCUUGACCGAGAUUCUAUGCAGUACGCCUGUCCGAGGGGGGCAGCCAGGAUGGAAUUGCAUUUCUUGGAUAAGAGAGGCGCUGGAAAGGAUCCGGGCUGACAAAAAGGCCCUGGGGACGAGUGUCACUGAGUGGGAUACAAUACGCAACGCCGCCAUGACUUAUUGUCAGCAAAAGAAAGACCAACACCGGUUUGAUGGUCAGGGUAACUUUAACAUGUCAAAGGCUCCGACAUACGACUUGAUGCAGCAGAAGGAGACCAUUGUGUAACUAGAAUGAUCACUUAGAGGUCUCCGAAGUACUUUUGACGAAUUCCUUCCAUGGCGAGUU